AUGAGGCGCGUCGCGAGCUCGCACUCGAUCGACGAUUACGGCGAGGACCUGGACUCGUUCGUCACCCUCAGCAGCUUCAUCCUGACCGCCACCGAGGUGUGCCCGUCGCUGGCGGCGAAGGGGCACAUCAAGAAGGAGGAGGAGACCGAUCUGUGCAUCCUGCUGCAGAGCAUAGCGACGUCGUGCAAGUACAUCCAGAACUGCGUCCGAAAGCUCGGUCUCGCGAACCUCAGCGGCAAGAACGGCGGCACGACGAACGUGCAGGGAGAGCAGCAGAUGAAGCUGGACGUCAUCGCGCACGACGUGUUCACGCGGGGGCUGGACGAGAGCAAGCGGUGCACGAUGCUCAUCAGCGAGGAGGAGGAGGAGGCCAUCAUGUGCACGAGCUCGCCCAACGGUCGGUACGUCUGCGUCUUCGACCCGCUCGACGGCUCCUCCAACAUCGACUGCUGCGUAUCCGUCGGCUCCAUCUUCGGCGUCUACCGAGCAAACGCGCUGGGCAAAGGCGACGUCAACGACGUCCUGAGGCCCGGGAAGGAGAUGGUCGCCGCGGGGUACUGCAUGUACGGCAGCGCGUGCACCAUGGUGCUGACCGUGGGAGGGAACGUGCGCGGGUUCACCCUCGACCCGAGCCUCGGCGAAUUCGUCCUGACGCAUCCCAAGAUCAAGUGCCCGCCGUCCGGGGCGACGUACUCGGUGAACGAGGGCAACAGCAGGUACUGGGGCGGCGGGAUGAGGCGGUACGUCGAUCACGUCAAGUACCACAAGGAGAAGCCCCACGCGCUGAGAUACAUCGGGUCCAUGGUGGCGGACGUGCACCGCACCCUCCUCUACGGCGGCACGUUCUCCUACCCGGGCGACUCCAAAUCGCCAAACGGCAAGCUGAGACUCCUGUACGAGUGCUUCCCGAUGGCGUACAUCAUGGAGAGGGCGGGCGGCGCGGCGUCGGACGGUACGCAGCGCAUACUGGACGUGUGUUGCACCGGCAUACACCAGAGGCACCCCAUACACAUGGGCAGCGAGGAGGAUGUCGAGGAGAUCGACCGGUUCUACCGAGAGGCGGCGGCGGACCCAGACGCGAGGUAG